CCUCCCCUCCCGGCGGCGGCUCGGGAGCCGGGCGCGGCAGGCGGCGGCCCCGGGCGGGACCAUGGCGGACGGCGUGGACCACAUCGACAUCUACGCCGAUGUGGGCGAGGAGUUCAACCAGGAGGCUGAAUAUGGUGGACAUGAUCAGAUUGAUUUAUAUGAUGAUGUAAUUUCUCCAUCUGCAAAUAAUGGAGAUGCCCCAGAGGAUCGUGAUUACAUGGAUUCUCUCCCACCAUCGGUUGGGGAUGAUGUAGGUAAAGGAGCUGCACCAAAUGUUGUCUAUACAUAUACUGGAAAGAGAAUUGCCUUGUACAUUGGAAAUCUUACUUGGUGGACAACAGAUGAAGACUUAACUGAAGCAGUUCAUUCACUGGGGGUAAAUGAUAUUUUGGAGAUAAAAUUUUUUGAAAAUCGUGCUAAUGGCCAGUCUAAAGGGUUUGCCCUUGUGGGUGUGGGAUCAGAAGCAUCCUCCAAAAAGUUGAUGGAUUUGUUGCCUAAAAGAGAAUUGCAUGGGCAGAAUCCUGUUGUAACUCCGUGUAAUAAACAGUUUCUGAGUCAAUUUGAAAUGCAGUCAAGGAAAACCACACAGUCUGGCCAGAUGUCAGGGGAAGGUAAAGCUGGUCCCCCAGGAGGAAGCUCACGAGCAGCAUUUCCACCUAGUAAUAGAGGUCGAGGCCGUUUUCCAGGUGCCAUUCCAGGUGGAGACAGAUUCCCUGGACCAGCAGGGCCAGGAGGUCCACCACCACCUUUCCCAGCUGGACAAACUCCCCCACGUCCACCUUUAGGUCCUCCUGGCCCACCAGGCCCACCAGGCCCUCCGCCUCCUGGUCAGGUCCUCCCACCUCCGUUAGCUGGACCUCCUAAUCGUGGUGACCGUCCACCACCACCAGUUCUGUUUCCAGGACAGCCUUUUGGUCAGCCUCCACUUGGGCCACUUCCUCCAGGCCCUCCACCACCAGUUCCAGGCUAUGGGCCACCACCAGGUCCACCACCACCUCAGCAGGGUCCACCUCCACCUCCGGGUCCAUUUCCCCCUCGUCCACCUGGCCCUCUUGGGCCACCCCUGACUCUUGCUCCUCCUCCACAUCUCCCUGGGCCACCUCCAGGUGCUCCACCACCGGCACCACAUGUGAAUCCAGCUUUCUUCCCCCCACCUGCCAAUAGUGGCAUACCUACUUCAGACAGUCGUGGCCCACCUCCGACAGAUCCAUAUGGCCGACCUCCACCAUAUGACAGAGGUGACUAUGGGCCACCUGGAAGGCGUUUCACUGGAAAUAACAUGUCCAUAAGAGAAAAAUUACAUAUUCCAUUCUAUGGGAGGCACACGAAAAAUAAUACUCAAAACUCAGGGAGAGAAAUGGAUGCUGCAAGGACACCUCUAAGUGAAGCAGAAUUUGAAGAAAUCAUGAAUAGAAAUAGGGCGAUCUCAAGCAGUGCCAUUUCGAGAGCUGUAUCAGAUGCCAGUGCUGGAGACUAUGGAAGUGCUAUAGAGACCUUGGUAACUGCAAUUUCCUUAAUCAAACAGUCCAAAGUAUCUGCAGAUGAUCGCUGUAAAGUACUUAUUAGCUCUCUUCAGGACUGCCUUCAUGGAAUUGAGUCCAAGUCUUAUGGUUCUGGAUCCAGAAGACGUGAACGAUCCAGAGAGAGGGACCACAGUAGGUCACGAGAAAAAAGUAGGCGCCACAAAUCACGUAGUAGAGAUCGUCAUGAUGACUAUUACCGGGAAAGAAGCCGUGAAAGAGAGAGGCAUCGUGAUCGUGACAGAGAUCGUGACAGAGAACGAGACAGAGAGAGAGAAUAUCGUCACCGUUAAAGCACCUGACAUGAACAUAGGUAAGUAACAACAGGUAACUGGUCUUGGGAGGGAGGAAGUCUGUGCAAUUAUCUUCUGCAUUCUGCAUGCCACUUCUUUUAUUUUAGCUGGUAAUAAUGUUCCCAGUUUUUAUGAAAAGCAGUUGAACCAGUUCUUAAAAAAGCAGUAAGCCAGACCAUUCUCUUUAUAAUCUUAGAAGAUUAUAUGAAAUUUACUGUUUUAUUUCUUAGUUGUACUUAAAAAUACUAAUUUUGUAUUUUAAAAUCUACUUGUGUAAGGACCGCAGCAUUUUAGCCCUUCGUAAGGUCAUGUGUGGAUUAUUUCAGUGUACAUACACUUGUCCUUGCACAAGUAUGGUGGUGAUUUUUUGGGUUUCAGUAUUUGUGGGGUUUGUUGUUUUGUUUUGUGUUGUUUUUGUUUUGUUUUUCCUGGUGAGUUUUAGUCAAAUUCAGGAAAUAUUGCCAGAUUUUUAUCUUUAUUUUAUGAAAUGUGACCUGUCAGUAUCUUCUGCCUUCUAGCUAAAUUCGUGUUUUAACCUUCAGUAAAAUUUAUUAGUUGUUCCCCUUCACCUUGACUUUUUCAGUCCCUCCUCCAUAUGAUAGUCAUUUUCUGAAGACUAGUAAAAAUGUAUGACACCAAGAUUGAUUCUUUUCUGGUUGUUCACAAACUAAUGUGUUCUUUUAUUUCAUAUAUCUGAAGUUUGCAUGCAUCAGAUGUCUAGACAGCUGGAGUAGCAUGCUAAACAAUGCUUUUUUUCAAUGUACUGCUUUAAAAGACAUACAAAUAUUUAUAUUUUAUAUAAUAUACCAUUUUGAGGAUUGGGAAUUGAAGCUACUGUGAUUCCUUAUAUUUGACAAUUGGGAAAAAACCCUACCUAAUAGUUACUCUGUAGCGGUCUUUUCCCUUUUUAGAAGAACUUGCCACUACCUCUACAAUGAAACUGAAGCUUGCAGACUUGUCUGUCAGCCCAGCUUCCAUUUCUUACAUUUAACCUCAGAUUUAGUUUCUGGAUUUGCAUGUGUUAUUGAUUCGUAGAGAUUCAUUUACAGAAGUUGUAGAGCAAAACUUUUUAGAAAUCAUAUAAAAUGUAGUAUACUCCUAAGUAAAAAUACAAUUUCAUAUGAGUUAAAUGUCAGCUUUUCAGUCAGACUUCUGUGUCACUGUCUGACUCCUUUGGGAGAGAAUGAAUUUGGAUGCUAAAUGCUCUAGUGUGUUGAGAAUUAAGUGGGGUGUUGUACUGGGUUCGUAUACUAGCAGGGGACAACACAAAGAAGUAACCAACCUAGAAAAGGGGAGUCAAAGGCUUAAAUAGGAAGGUGAAACAUGGCAAACAAAAUAAGAUGGUGGUAUGUUUCUGCUAAUGCCACUUUUUGCCAUUAAAAAAGAUUGGUAGAAAUAUUUUUGUAAUUUAAUAAAAAUAGUAACAGUAGCUCUUAAUUGUAAAAUAACAACAUAAAAAUACAGAUAUAACAAAAGUAAAUGUAGUUUCUUUUAUUGAACUGGAUAUUUACCUUGUAUAAUAACUGCAUAUUUUUGAUAUUUGCAAAUAGUUCUUACUGAUAGUGGUAACCAUUGAGCUGAGUAAUGGAUGUAUUUCUAGAGUGUUUUCCUUCUGGUGGAGAUGAGCAAGCCAUACUAAAAAUUGUUAACAGCCUGGAAUUGAAGAUAAUUUUUUUAACCCUUGGCAUACUUUAUUAAUCUAACUUUAAUUUUUGUGUAUUUAGUGUUGUGCAUAUAGAUAUGGACUUACUGUGCCAAGUAUAGAUUCCCUACGCUGUUACCCCAAGAAAACAUACCAAACAGCAUUAGGUUGCAUUUUAUAAUUUCCAAAGAACAAUUUUAAAAUGAGGCUGUGGUUUCAGUCUCAGUUCAGGUGGGAUUUAUAUUUGCAACAUCCUUCAGCUUUAUUGUGUGCUGGGACUUCUCUUUUCUUUCAAAGGGAUUGUUGGUAAGAUUCCCUUGUGUGAAGAAAAUAGGUCCUAAGAACUUGAUUUAAAGGGCCAGUUUAGUCUACUACAUGUAAAUGAAAGCAUUUGGUAUUUUUUUCUUUUAAGUUAAGUUGUAAACAUUUUGUCUUGUUGCUGUCUUAAUGAAGAAGAGCUUUAUUGUAGUUUUGUUUUUAUAUAUUUAUACACACACGUAUAAAAGAAAUAGUUAUCUCCUGGUUUGUAUGUUUCAUUUUCACUAAGAUGUAUGUUGCCAUACAUUUUUUGUUUCAUUUUUUACAUUGAAUAAUAUUCAUAAAUGGAUUUAACACUCAGUUAUUUAAUAAAUAUCAAAAGUGCUGAAAGGAGUUAUUUCCCAUAAUACUGUGUUUUGCCAGACAACAUGAAGUUACCUCUGUGCCUGCACCCUAUGAAUGGCACCUAUACCUCUCCUAAUUGUGUACCUAUAGUCAUAACUGUGAUACUGUACUGGCAUUUUUUUCCAAAGCGUUACACGUCUAGUUUAGAAGGAUUUUAAAGGUCCAAUGUGAACGUUUUUGUAAACAGUGAAAUUCGGUUUGUACUGUAUUACAUUUAUAAAGAUGGGUAAAAUUGGAAUAACUUACAAAAUGUGUUUAUAACAAUAAAAUUCUAUAAAAAGUUUAGUUGUACCAUAGCAAGUGUUUACACUUCUGUUUGUACACUUCAUGAUUUAAAGUUAAAUUCUUGCAAGAUUUUUGUGCCUUCACUUGAGUAAGGCUUCGUGUACAUCGAUAAUCCAUUCUCCUGAAUUAGUAUAAGCUGAAUGUUUCCUUGAAACAUCUUGCCUUUGCUUAUAGAAAGCCUAUAGAUGUAAAAGAGAACAAUGGAUUUAAGACAAAUGUCUAACCUGUAUUAGUCAAAAAAACUAAGAACCCAAUAGAAUGACAUUUAGAAGGAUUAACAAUAUUAAUGUGUACAAACAGAAUAGUAAUGUAAUUUCAUCAUCAUGAGUCCUGACUUUUUUUUAGGCAGAAUUUUUUUUAAUUUAACUGAUACUCAAUGAUGUAUUUCCAGCUGAUACAUUGUCCCAAUCUUAAUCUGUCUGAAUUUCUAUAUCUGCUGACUGUUAAAUUUUUCAUUUUAUGUUUUUGUUAUUGGGUUGAUUGAUUAUUUCCUAUUUAAACUGGAUUUGGAUUGAAUUGCAAAGACAAAACCUCAAUAUUGUAACAGUUGAUAUGUAUGUAGACUUUGUACUCCAUAUUUCGUGUUUAUUCUCUGAUUUUUCUGCUCUCAAACCACUGUAAGCAAAAUAAUUUGAUGUCUGAGGCUCAUAUGCUCCUUCAAAAACUGCUCACAGUUCUCUCUGAAGUGGUUUCAGCUUUGGAGUGAUCCAAGAAGUAACAUGGUUGGAAUUUUUUUGGUGUCAGGAGGAGGGGAAAUGGUACUCAUAGUUUAUGUAGUAUUCAUUAUAUUUUUGCUUCUAUAAGUAGGAACAGGCCUGUAACAGUGUUAACAACCACUUAAACAUCAAGUGACAUAUGAAAUUAGCCUUUUAAGAAACCUUGUAAAUGAAGAGAAAAAUGCCUAUUUUUUAUAAGCUAUUUUAAUAAUAAGCUUCUAGUUAAUAUUAACUGAAUUGUGUGGUAGCAUUGUUCGAGACUUGAGUAUAAGUACCUGUCUAGAAUUAUUAUCAGAUCUUAAUAUUAAGGUAUUGCAAACGUUACUUACCUUAUCUCUUUUUCUAAAAUGUGUGUUUUUGAGGAAGCACAUAUGUGGAGCUGGCACUAUUCUGCAUUUAGCAUUCAUCAGAGAAAUAAUACUUUGUGUAUCUGAUUCAGUAUUUGAAAUCCAGCACAGCGUCACAGAGGCAAGGAGUGCCACUGCUUUAUGUGCUUUUUACAGUCUAUUAUAUCACUGCUCUGGUGCUUUACAGAAACUUAGUUUGUUCCCUAAUGUUCAGUGAUUUAUCUCAUUUUCUUGAGGGUGAAAUGUUGAUUUAAAAAAUGAAAUGAGUAUCUCAUGCUACUUAUUUUCAAAAGCAUAACUUUUAUUACUUUUUUUCCCAUGAAUAUAUUGCUGUAAUUUUAUUGACUUCUGAGGUGUCUUUAGACACACUUAUAUUUUUGUGCUCCCCGUAUCCUGUGCUUUUUUCUUUUAUUUGUGAAAUCAUUAGUUUUGACAAAUUUGAUCUGUAUGAAAGUUCCCCAAGAAACUUUUAAGCUUCAUAACAUAAGAAACAAAGAAAUGAAAAUGUUGAUUUGAUGCAGUGUUCUCCAGAGAACGAACGAAUUCAGUUUUUUCCUUUUGCUCAUUGUGGUUUGAGAACUAUGAUUUCUUUUUAAAAAAAAAAAAAAAAAAAAGGACACAUGAGAGAGAUAUCUUCAUUUUUAUGUUUUUCUGUGGCAGCCUGAACUACCUUUUUGUCUCUUCCUCAUAUAUUAAUGUGAAAAAUAAUUGACAGUGAGUCAUAUCUUUUUAAUUUGUAAACUAAAGAUUGAAUUUUCUGAACACACCUCACUGUUCAUCGGUUAUUUUUAGUGAAUAGACAGGCUGGGAUAGUAGGAGAAAGAUAUAUGAUGAAUGAGACUAGUUUGGAAGUUUUUCUUCCCAUGUAAAGUUAUUUAUAAAAUCACGAAAUUGUUGUGUUGAUCUUUACUUAUAUGCUAAGAUUGAACAAAGGUAGCAGGUAAGUACAUGAAUAAUGGAGCGGGGGGAGUAGGCAAAUAUGAGAAGGUGCUAGUGCUGGUAAAAUUGUAUGUGUAUGAUGAACAGAAUCACAUGUAUCUUGGCUUACAUGCAGAAAGACAAAUAGAAAGUCCUUGAGACAAGACAAGCUUGAAAUUCCUUCUUUCUUACUAUGUUAUAGCUAAAGCAUCAGAGUAUUUGGAGGUUUGUGAUGUUCUGGAAUGUAGGUUAAAUUAAAACAAAUUUUGGCUUUCAAGCUGAUACUUUCUGUGGGAGCUUUGAUUUGUGUAUUUCUUUUUCUUUAUGUAUAGAAUAAAAUAAAGGAGAAUUACAUGAAGGAAUUCGUAGGAGCUUUUAGGAUAUACUAACAAAAUGUAUGUCAUGCAUUUUACUGAAAUGUGAACAUGUGAGAUUGAAAUUCAAUCUCUGAAAAUAUCAGAAAUUAAACUACCAUAACAAAAACUUUAUGGGUGUAUGCACAUACAGCUUUAAAACUACUGUAGAAUUUUCACAAUUUUAAAAGAUAUUUAAAGCUUUUAUGUACUUAUUUAAAUAAUUGGAAUUAAAGAGAAAAAAAAUCAGAGUUGCUACUGCAAGAUGCUUUUGAUAUAUACAGGCAAUCUAUUGGGUUUUGUCGUGUGUGUUUGUGGGUAAAAAAAUGCUCAAGUUGCAUCUUGCAUAAAUACCAAGAUGUUUGAUCACUGAAGUCCUGGGAUUUCAUUUGUGGAAUAUUCUGGCAUAAACCUCUAACUUUUAAACUCACAAAACCUAUUUAACAGCUAAGUCUGAAAUUUGGGUUUUAUUAGUAGAAAUGCUGAGAAACUGAUUGCUGUGUGGUGUUAAAUUGUACAAACCUAACACAUGCUUGGGACGGAUAGCUUAUAUAUGAGCUUGAGGCAGAUGGAAAACAGUAUUGCUAAGAAAUACUGACUAGAGAUUUAUUAUUUUUUUAAAAUUGUUUGUUGCUUCAAUAUUCUACUUGCUUGUAGAAUACUGAAAAGGGCUGAGCAUGAACGUAUAAUCCAUACAGAUUUAUUUCUUUUUGGAACCACAAGGGUUUCCAGUUGUGCCGAGAUAUAGUGGCAGAAUGCUUGAAAGCAAAAUGUACACCACUUUGGAUUUUAGUUGGUCAUGUUUCUAAAAAUGAAGGUUCAGUGUGGUGCUGACCAUCUUAAAUAAGCCCUAUAAUGAAAAGCAUUAAUCCUAAAUUCACUUCAUUGUGCGUUCUUUAGAGUCCCUGUAGUUCCAUAAGUACCCUUACAAAUCUAGCAAAUUAUUCCCAGGAACUGAAGCUUUCUUAUGCUAGUAUUAUAAAUCAUAUAUAUGGUGCUUUGGAUCUGUUAACUGUCGCCACAGAAGUGAUAAAGAUCCAUUAUUUUGGCUGCAGCAAUUGUAUUAUGAGAGCAGCAAAUUCUGACGUGCAGUCUCACAGCUGUCAGUACUUAAUUUCUCCACUAGAAAACUGAGAUUCUCUCCUGCCUAUUGCUAACUUAGCUUGCAACCCUGAACGCAUUUUUCUUGUGGAGGCAGCACUUUGUCACGUUGCUACUAAUUAAUUUCAAAAGCACAUAACACCUAUGGAAAUAUUGGCCUCUGGGGAAGGAACUUCCCCAAAAGUUGAUACGUUGAUGACUUGGGAACGAAGUCUGUGAAUAAGAAAUUUCAGUCGCUGCUUUGGAUUUGGACUAGUAUAUGUGCAUACUGUAGUGUAUAGAGCCUACCUGGUUAUACUUUGGGAUUUUUUUUAAGUUGUUAUUAACAGUCACUUUUAGGAAAGGAAGAAGAAAAAAUGAGUACUUAGUUUUGAAAUUAUUGUACUAGUAGAACAAUAUUUGACAGCUGUGUACUGUUGCAUGUUCAUGAAAUUGCUUCUCUAAAUGUCUUGUUUUUCAAAUAAACAAUUUAAUGUGUUGGGUGUUUUAACAAUUUAAGUAUUUUGAAAUUAUUGAAUGUUGAAAUUGUGAAUUAUUAAUGAAAUUAAGAUAGCUGAUUGUUUUGUAAUGGAAUUCAACUGAAAUCCAGUGUAUGGAAUUAUACCAUCCCAAGUAUUUUGUGAACUUUUACGGUAAUUAACUCUGAAUUGUGUGGUUCCUUAAUUUACCAAAAUAGAUGAGAGUAGGAAGUAGGGCUUGGGAUUUUUCAUAGGAUGAGUAGGUGACAAAAUCUGCAAAUCUACAGUGUAUUACAUGAAAAGUGGGUUCUUGUGCUUAAUCUGCUAGCCUGUAUUUUUAGAUGUGAACCCCAUACAGCUUGCCACUAGUCUGAAAAUUUUGAUUAUAAUGGGGUCAGAUUCUGUGCACUUUUAAAUGUUACUGAGCUGUGAGCCAUCCAUUUCAUUAUACAAUCAGCACAUUCCUUAAAUGUCAAACCAGCUUAAAAAUUCUGUAAGUGGGCAGGUAAAAAUGUAAAAAUCUAAUUGUGGCAAAAUUACCUUAAAUUCUUGUUCAGUUACUCUUGCAGAAUGCAUACUUUAGGAAAUGUUCUAUAUCAAUGUUGCCGUCAGUCACAGGAGCAGUAGCUAUUUCUUUUUCAUCAAUACUUUAACUGUGAAAUUUAUAUUCUUUCAACUUUUUUGUACAACAGCGUUAAUCUUAUUUUUAACUAUUGUGUUAGAAAACAACACACAAACAAGUAGCUACUGCUUCUGGAUAUUUUGUGUUAGUUUACAUCACAGUGAAGUAGAUGCACGACUUGUGUAUGUAUAGAUAAGCCAGCAAUUUUCUGUGUAUUAUGGGGACUAGCAAAAUCUACAUCACAAAUUUUGACACAUUACAGCUGAAGGAAGAGGAACAGCGUGCAAGACAAGAUACAUUCUUCAAGGAAAGAUGCUUGUCCAGCAGUUUGCUUCAUGUGAUUGAACUGAGCCUGUAAGGAUUCAUGGAUAAAAUGAACAGGAAUAGAUCUGAAUAAAGCAAAUCUGCAUACAUGGUAACCAGUAGCUCUUUUACUUUUUUAUGUUGCUUAACUGUUUUAUUUGAGGGAAACCUGUGUGAUUUAAACCUUUAGCUUUUGCAACUUUAUUACUGGUUAUAUACAUUUGGCAAUUAUAAUGUGCAAACAAUUGAAAAAAGUCAAGUAAAUGCUUGUUUUUAUAGUAGUUUGUUCAUGUUAAACUGUUCAUAUGAUAAUGUCUGUACACAGCACCACUGAUUACCGUAGAUGUAGUGUUGUAAUAAACUGUUUAAUGGGGCUGAUGUGUAAAGCUGUUCAAGUUAUUUGAUGUUUACACCUCAGGGAAAGUCUUGUGUUCAGCAAUAUUUAAAGAUAAUGUUACAAUGAAAACAUUGAUGCUGUCUUCAAAAACAUUGCAAUAGUUCUUGCAUAUGCCUCAACCUAAUCUUGCAUUCAGCAAGUUAAACGUACUAAUGUUGCGCUCUCACACUCAAUUUUGAUAUGAAAAUAAGUGGUUACAUAAAACCUUUAAUACUAUUUUGCUUUCUAGCAGUGUUUACCUAGGUGGCUUGUGAAUUUGCUAAUUGACACAUAAAACUGUAAAAACUGCAGCACUCUGUGGUUGAUUGUUUUGAGGAGAGAUGGUCCCAAGUCUGUGAUUUUUAGCACACUGAAAAUUUUAUCUUUCAUACAGCCUUGAUCCUGAUUGACACUAAAGUUGAUAUAAACUUAAACUGUUCAUGUGAACUUAAACUGCCCAUAAUAAGGGGUAGAAAGGUUAGGUUUAAAAAAAAACAAAACAAAACCCUGCAGUUGUUUACAGUUUUAUAGUAAUAGUGCUUGUGUGUGUUCCCUCUCUACCCCCAAGGCCGUAGCAGUCUGUACAUAGUUGUAUAUUAGAAAUGUGCCAGAAGAAACAAGAUGUUACCAUUUUUAUGACUUUAUGGGUUUGGUAUUUUCUUAAUACUUUGGGGUUUAUUCACACAUGCAUAUAAAAGAGAAGGUACACUUGUAUGUCCUUGUUCACUGAUGGGCAAUAUUUAAAUGUCUUAGCAAAAAAUGACGCAGAUUAAAUUUGUCAGAUGAGGUUUUGUAAAUUUACUUAAAAACAAAUUAAUGGAGCACUCAGUGAAAGCUGGCUUCAAAUUCAAGAAUUUGUUUUAAAUUUCAUCAAGCGUGAAAUGCAAGUGAAUAGGAAGUUCAUAUAAGCUGCAAAAGCUUAGUUUCUGGCAGCCUUGUGCAAAGGCUCACUUUUAGUCUAUUGUAAAUUGUUAUGUAAUGGACAUACUCUGGAGUUUUCAAGUAUUCAAAUAGCCACACUUAAUGUUUUAAGUUAAGUUUCAAGACCUCAGAUGGCUUUAAGAGGCAACCCUUAGAAAACUCUUGAUUUCUUUUUUUACCAAUUUUGAAGAUUUUACAGCCAUCCUAAAACGUUACCCUGUUCAGGAAAGCACUUAAAUCCAUUUGAUUUUCCAGAGCAUAUCAAGCACGUGCUUACAUUCCAUAUAUUUCAAGGAAUGUAAAUAUAUGCUUUAAGUUAUCUUAUUUGCGUACAUGAGUGAUUUUUAUGCUUCGAGUUGGGACCAGUAGCUUGUGCAACUGCCCAAGUUUUGCAGAAGUUUGAAAUGCUCUGAUAUUUUUGGCACCUGCUACUCAACCAGGUUUCCUGCAGCCAGGUUGAUGCUUGGACUUGGCUACAGCUUCAGACUCUCCAUUUUUUUUUUCCUACUUAAAUUGUGUACCUCAGUUCCUCAUGCAUGGGAUCACUGGUGUUUAUUGAACUAUUUGCUACUGAGAAGAUAUUUGACAUGUUUGUUUAAUCCUGUUUGAAAAUGAAAACUGCCUUUAAAAAUUUUGUAAAACUGAAAGCUGUGUCAAACAAGUCAUGAAUCACUUCCUGCUUUUUUUGUUAGUAGGUGUUGGUUACAAACAGUACUGUUGUAACUUUUUUUUUCUUUACUUAAAAACAUUGUUUACUACUGUGUGUAAUAAGUUUAAGGAAGAAAUAACCUGCCUGUAGCUGUUACAAGGGGAAUAGCUAAUACUGGAAAGGCAGCAGGUAAGUAAUGUUCCAUUGAGUAGAUAUAUUAAAUUUUAAAAUAAAAAGGUAACUUUACAAGCAUUUUAUGCAGGAAUUGAUAUUUUACUCCACAUUGAAAUAGUUUUAAGGAGACUGUUGCUCUUUUUACAUAGAGUGUAAUUUCUCACUCACAUACGGAUUUCCAUUGCUGGCAAUGGAAAUAGCAGGGAGGGAAUAGCAGGGGGUAAAUAACAUAAGUUAAACUGAAUAAUCAUUGUGACUUGAGAGAUGAGAUCCCUGUAUGAAGCCCAUUAUUUCUGCCUGUUCUCCAAAUACUUAAUUUUAACUGAUAAAUGUACUGUGUUGCAAUUUAGAUAAUAUUCUCUUGAGUGAGUGUCCUUUGUUAGAUUUUUUUUUUUAUAAAACAAAAAAGAAAUGUACAGAAAAAAAUCCAAAGACCCUGAUAGACACCAAAAAGAAAUAUGCGUGAUGUACAUCAUGUAUAACUGGAUCUGUAGUAGAAUUUUUACCAAGUUUUGGUUUAUUAAAUGUUCCUGGCAAUUUCCUGUACCUGCUCAGGAAAUGGCAGUUUAGAAAAUAAUUGACUGGUGAUGAUGCCGUGAUGGCUACUGCUCUUGAUAUUCGUUCAGUUCUAAUCCAUCUCCUUUUGCUGAUGAAAAGAUGAAAUAGUCUGUGAGGAAAUACUUUAUUUCUUUCAAACGUUGAUUUUAUAAGUAACAUUGAAAAUAUUAUGUUAAGGCUGUGUCCUUUAUCUUGAAAGACAAAACCAACAAGUAGUGACUUAGGAGUGGUGGUGCUUUAGCAACAGUUGUUGUUUUAUUGGUGAUUUGUUUUUUAGACGUAGAGAGUGAUUUUUUUUUAAAGUAAAAUUUUUAUUGGACUAUAGGUUUUGACAGGUCAAAAGUACUUCAGAAGAAGAACAUAGCAUUUUGGAAACUGUACAGUCUUUUUUUCCUCAUUCCCUUUUUACUUUCUGUGCCAAUAACUUUUGUUCUGAUUACAUUUUGAAAAAUGUUUGUCAGAACUUCAAAUUUUUAUUUACAGUGUGGCUUAUAAGCUUGGAUAGCUGUUGUUUUUGUGUUAAACAAAAUAUUUUUAUUAAAUUUAGACAUUAGCUUUUUUUUUUGUGGACUGAGUACGUUCUGGUUUUGUUCCUCUGAAAUUGGUGAGGCUUAGUUUUUCUAACUGUAUUUUUUUACCUGAUUGUUUAGUUGCAUACCCAAACCCUUGUAAAUGUUUUCCUAGUUAUAUGUGGAUAAUUGGAGAUUUAAAUGUUGUAUAUACUUGUCAUCUGUGUUUCUAGUAAAAUACAUGGCAUUCUUUAUAGAAAUACUUAAUUCCUGAUUUUCAUUUCUUAUCCACUUGCUCUCUUGUGUACAGGUUAAAUAGACUUUGCUCCUAUUUUUACUUAUAGAAUUUUAUACAUAGCCUGUUAAAGUUGUCUUUGGUUCUUGUAUAAACUGAGAUACAGCCUUAAAUUUCCUGAUACAACACUUGUUAAGAUACUGUCAGUCAUGUAGAUUCAAAUAUAAAACAUGCAUGUUUAAGACUGGUACUCUUCAAAGAUCGAAGACACUAAAUUACUUCUGCAUUGAAAUAUAAGCCCUUCAAGAUUUUAGGGAAGGAAAGUACGAGUCAGUGUCCAUAUACUUGAAGAAAUUUCAAUUCUUUCCAAAAUAACAAUUUUGACAUAGGAAAGAAGCAAUGUGGAUUCACCUAGUAUUUAAAUUAUUUUGGUAAUUGACUGCACAGGUCUCGAACUUAAUGGUUGCAGCAUGCUAUUGAAUCAUGAUGUUUAUGCAGAAAUACUGUCUCUUGCAAUUAUGAUGCCUUGCAAUUAAUAUUUCAGACUGGCUUGGGGUGGGUGGGGGUGUUGAGGUGGUUUUUUGGUUUUGUAGUUGUUUCCCUCUCCUUCUCUACACCCCCUGACCCCCCAUUAAGGUCUGAUAUCCCAUGUAUUUUAGAUUAAUUUUCGUUUUAGAGGAUAAAUUUACUGAGGACAAGUUUGGAGCAUAGUUCAUCAGUUUCAUGUUCUUGGGGGAUUUUCUUCCCCCAUGUUGGACGAAGUACAAUAAAGCUCCUCAUUCUAUUUGUAUAUGAUAAGCUUGUUAGUUCCUGAACCCAUCCUAUAGCCCAGUGAUUGCAGUGGGUUCUAGGUUCUGGUAUGACCUAUGCCUGUGCUUAAAUCUUUUAAAACUCCUUUGGAAAUACACUAGUUUUACUGAAGUCUAUUGAAAAUAGUAAACAGUAUACCUUUGAUCCCAAUGGAAUGGAGCAUUUAAGUUGUAAAAAUUCCCAUCUAUUUAUACCGUGUAAUGCGAUUUUUACAUGAUUUCAGUAUACACUUUUGAGUAUAUUCAACUAGUAGACUUCAGCCUCACCAUCUUGUACACAGUAUUUUGUAAUAGAAAAUAUUUUAAACUGUGCAUAUUAUUCUUACAUUAUGAAACAGACAUUUCCUUGAUCUUCAAAUGUAAGAAAAUGAGGAAUGUGUGUGCUUUUAUAAAUACAAGUGAUUGCAAAUUCAGCUUCCUUACUACUGCAGUUGUCUUUUUUUAAAAUAAUAAAGAAAGGGGGGAAAAAAGCCAAAUGUUUUAAAGGUGAAAUACAUUCCUAUUUGGUAAACCUUAGCAGUUUUAUGACUAUUAUCAGCGCUGCUGACUUUCUAAACAAAAGGCUGUAUUGUCUUCCUGUACAAUUCCAUUUCCUGGUUCCUGCUUUGCUCAAGGAUCUAUGAGUAAACUAUUCAAGAGAUGGUUUGAAAUACAGGAGUAGGGUUGUCUAAGUUGGAAUGCAGAAUUGCAAUGCAAAGUGUAAGGAAAUGGAUGCCUGUCAGAAUGCCUGACUCCAAAGGAUUUUAUAUAUAUAAUAAACAGUUUCCUGAUGCUGGCAGGCCAAAGAGUCUGUUGAACACUGGAGUUUUUGGAGACCUAUAUUUCUCCACAAGGUAAGAUGGUAUGCUAGCAAAUGUGGAUUUUAAUACUUUUUCAGCAGAGGUACUUAAUCUGUAAGUUUAGGGAUCAUUUCAUCUUUUUUAGAUGUUAUACUUGAAAUAUUGCACAACUUUUAGCUUUCAUGGGUUUCUUUUUUUUCAGCCUUUAGGAGACUGUUAAGCAAUUUGCUGUCCAACUUUUGUGUUGGUCUUAAACUGCAAUAGUAGCUUACCUUGUAUUGAAGAAAUAAAGACCAUUUUUAUAUUAAAAAA